AUGAUCAACAGCAAGGCUGAAGUGAAACUGAUUGACUUUGGAUUCGCGAUCGACUUGACGUUGUUGCAGGCGGACAUUCAUAUGUGUGGCUCGCCAUUCUGGAUGUCGCCAGAGCAGAUACAGGAGAAGCCACAUGGUGUGUCGGUGGACAUUUGGAGUCUGGGCAUUAUGACGCUGGAGAUGAUGCGUGGCAGUGUGCCGCGCAGACGCUCAAAGAUCAAGUCGAUGUUCUUGGCGGCAACGAUUGGUGUGACAGUAUCGCGCGAUAAGAAGUACAGUGCACAUUGGUCGAAUGAGUUGAUAAGCUUCCUCACGGCCUGUCUCCAAAUGGAACCACGACAAAGAAGUACUGCCAGUCAACUGUUACAACAUCCAUUCAUCGUGGCCGCUGCCACCAAACAAGAGAUGCUUGAUCUUCUGCCGCUACUCUUCAUGUCCAGUAGCAUUGGAAAGUAUUGUUCAAACAGUUCAACGCAGUGA